GUACAUAACAGACUCCAUUAACGGAGUUGGACGAAGACUAAUGGAGAGUGACUAAAUGUGACCUGUUUCAAUAAUUACAGUGACCAAAUUUGAUAUUAAUUUUUUCUAAUGACCAAACAUGAUACAAUUUAGUAAUCACAAUGAUCAAAUGUAGCAUUAACCUAUAUUUUUACGAAUUCACUUCUUAUAUCAAACAAAAGGUAAAAGUAAAACGGAAAAAAUGGGAUGAAAACAGUUUUUAACAAACAGAGCGGCCCAUGGAUGGAUUGGGUCGGGUUGCAAAUGUUAAAAUGGGGCAUUGGCUAAACGGCUCUUCAGUACUCACCUCCCUCCAAAUAUUCUCAGUUUCUCACAUCUGUGCUAUACCGCCUACCGCUGACAUCUAUCGCCUCAGCUCAAAAAAAUCCCGUCGGCCGACCUCCAAAAAUUAGUUGGCGUCGAUGGCCUCCUCGUCGGAACUGCCGCAGCACCAGCGUCAUCUGUUUCCCAAUUUCUUCCACUCAACUACCUCCGCCGUCCUCUCUCUUCUUCCCAAUCCCCGGCCAUCAGCUUCUCCGGUCGCCUCUCCGGCUUCUUCGCCUCCCAAAGUCUGCUUACCCUUUCAGUUCGUCGAUUCGUGUCAUCCACAGUCAUUCCGUUACCCUCACGAGUCCCCUCAUCCCGACUCGGUGUCAUCGAAAUCGGCGACGGUCAAGGGCUUAUCCUCUGCCGAGUCCAAUUCGGGAUUUCCGUCCACGGUCAGAAUUUCCGGUCUGAGUUCCGACGGCAAGGGCGGCGGGCCUGCUUUUGUAGGACAGGUUUUCAGUAUGUGCGAUCUUUCCGGGACUGGAUUGAUGGCCGUCUCUACUCACUUCGAUAUCCCAUUCCUCUCUAAAAGAACGCCCGAGUGGUUGAAGAAGGUUUUUGCCACUGUGACCAAGAGCGAGAGAAAUGGUCCCGUGUUUAGAUUCUUCAUGGAUUUAGGCGAUGCAGUUUCGUACGUGAAACAACUGAACAUCCCCAGUGGCAUUGUGGGUGCUUGCCGCCUUGAUCUGGCAUAUGAACAUUUCAAGGAAAAGCCUCAUCUCUUUCAGUUUGUUCCAAAUGAAAAACAGGUCAAGGCAGCAAACCAGCUCCUGAAGACAAUGCAGCAAAGUGAAGGGAAGAGAAAGGUGGACGGGGUUCCUGUGUUUACUGCUCAGAACCUGGAUAUCGCCAUAGCUACCUCAGAAGGAAUUAAGUGGUAUACUCCGUACUUCUUCGAUAAAGGCAUGCUAGAUGGUAUUAUUGAAGAGUCAGUUGACCAGCAUUUCCACACUUUAAUACAAACUCGGCACAUGCAGCGUCGACGAGAUAUAGUUGACGACAACCUGGCUGCAGAAGUGAUUGAAGAAAUGGCAGAAAGCCUAAAUGAGCCACCUGAGGUUCAGGAAAUGAUGGACGAGAUAGGAAAUCCUGGUAUACCUCUAAGUGUCAUCUCGAAAGCUGCUGAAAUCCAGCUUUCUUAUGUUGUUGAUAAGUUACUCCUGGGUAACCGUUGGUUGAGGAAGGCCACUGGGAUUCAACCAAGGUUCCCCUACGUCGUUGAUUCGUUUGAGAGAAGGAGUGCCUGUUCCUUAAGGCGAGCAUCGAAGUCAACCAGCUUACUUGACAUUUCACAAGCCGGUGAUAGAAAUUCUGAAAUUGAAGUAGAAGAAAAUGCUCAAGUGAGUUACGAAGAGCGACCAGAUUUACGACUACCCUUUGGAAAUUGGCUCAGUGUCCCAUGGUUGAAAAAUCAAUCCAAACCGGCCGGAGGGUCAGAAACAAGAGUGGAUGGUUCAUCAAAGGAAUGGAUGGAGCAAAAGUUGGAUGACAAUCCUCUUCUUCCGAAAAUCACCAUGGUAGGCAUAUCUACUGGGGAGGCUGGACAAAUGAGCAAAGCUAGUUUGAAGAAGACGAUGGACACUCUGACUAAAGAGCUGGAGCAGACUGAUCACAGUAAAACCUCUGGCAAUAGCGAUUUCAAAUUCACGGAUAGGGAUCCGUUGUUCGUGGCAAACGUGGGGGAUUACUUCUCGGCCAUGUCGAAGGCGAAUUCAUCGCGAUGGGUCCGUCGGGGAAUGAGUUGAGUAGAGUGAAAUCGAAGUAGCUUCCCUAGUGCGUGACUAAAUGAUUUUUGAGUCGAAAGAAGCAUGAUUACUGGAAUAGGUGGAUAAAGAUCGAAGUUGGUAGACGAAAUUGUUGUACAAAUUGUAUCCAGAUCCGUCGAGAUUGUGAGAAACUAUUCGAGUUUCGACUUGGAUAAUGUACGACAUUGUAAAAUGUACAUUACCUAGUUUUCUUGUUCAGCUGAUCUGUUGUUAGAACUGGAGAAUGCUUUUAGUUGCCUGACCUUACAAAGAAAGAUCAAUAUGGAUU